AUGGCGGUCGAUGUCUGCUCAGAAAUUCUCAGCCCUAGAAUCUCCUUCUCUCACGACCUCAACGAAUUGGACUCCGUCCCCGUCGAAUCGCACAAUCAUCUGCAUUUGAAUCCUACAAUCGACUUCGAUUUCUACAUCCCCCAAGAUCUCCAACUCUCCUCCGCAGACGAGCUCUUCGCCAACGGCAAAAUCCUCCCCCUCCCCCUCCAGAUCAAAUCCACCGCUCCACCCACCCAAAUCGCCCCCAAUUUUAACAAAAACGACAAUAAUUCGAAGAAGAAGCGGCUCGUCGAGUUCCUCGAGGAAGAGGGGAAACCAAUCGCGAAAUCGUUCUGGCAAUUCCGGCGCAGCAGCAGCGUCAAUUGUGAUCGCGGUGGCGGCGGCCUGCUGCGAUCGCUGCAGUUUCUGACGCGGAGCAACUCCACGGGAUCCGUUCCCAAUCCGAAGCCCUCGGUAUUGGCCAAAGUGAUGCAGAAGCAGAAUUCGCUGCGGGAAGCGCCGAUUAAUCGGCGAAGCUCUCCGGCGCCGGGGCUUAAUAAUCAAUUCUACCAUUACAAUAAGCCGUCGCUGGGGAAGAGCAGCAGCAGAUCGUACAACAAUGGAGUUCGGAUUACUCCAGUUUUGAACAUUGCCCCAAAUUAUACUGUGAGUUUAUUCAGAAUCGGCUCUCUUUUUUCAAGCAAAAAAUCAAAGAAGAAGAGAAAAUGA